AGAUACGUUAGUGCUUCAAAAUUAUUUCGUUAGAAUGAAAUUAUUAAUUAACAAUUGUUAUGUUUUUGUUUUCCGACAAACUUUCUUCGUGCGCAUUCGAUAUGUAAUUAAAGUAUUUAUUUCCCAAAAUUUAAGAGAUCAUCGAUAAAAAUGGAAACGAAAAUACAUUUACGCCAGAGUUCUAAUUUACAUUUCAAAUUUUUAUCUUCCACCAUUUUUUUUUUCUUAAUUUGAAUAAGAUGGUUCUGUGACAUUUUCGUCUCGUUCACGUGCACUUUCAAUUGCAUCGUUAUCAAUGGAAAGAUAAUAAAAUAGAUAAGUGUAAUAGAUAAUAAUUACCUUGAAUAAGCAUCAAUGUAAAAUAUCGAUGGUAUUUUAAUGAAUUUAUUUCAAUUAAUAUUUCCUGUAAGUCUUAUUGAACGUGUGUGCAAUAUAGUAGUCAACAUUUAUUCAAUAUGAACAACGUGGAGCCUUCUACUGAACAGUCAGUCCAAUGCAAUCCUACAGAUUCCAAAAGGAGAGCGAGUAUAAGUUGGGAUGACUAUUUUAUGGGAGUAGCAUUAUUAUCUGCUAAGCGUAGUAAAGAUCCAGUUACUCGUGUAGGAGCGUGUAUAGUAGAUGAAAAUAAUGUAAUAGUGGGUGUUGGAUACAACGGCAUGCCCAGAAAUUGCAGUGAUGAUGUAUUCCCUUGGGAAAAGAAUUCCAAUGAUGAGUUGAACAAUAAAAAACUAUACGUAUGCCAUGCAGAAAUAAAUGCUAUUUUAAAUAGGAAUUUGAGUAAAUUGAAGGGUUGUAAGAUGUAUGUAAGCCUUUUUCCCUGCAAUGAGUGCGCUAAAGUAAUUAUUCAGUCUGGAAUAAAGAAGAUUUAUUAUAUAUCUGAUAAAAACAAAAACAAAAUUGAUACCAAAGCGUCUAAGAUAAUGCUUGACGCUGCUAAAGUUGUAUAUGAAUCAUUUACACCACGCAAAACGAAAAUUGUGAUUGAUUUCGAUGAUUUUAAUUACGGAUCAAGUUUAAACAAUUCUGUAUCAAAUUUAAACAUUUCUGAGUCUGUCGACAAUGAGACUAAUUGAGAUAUAACCAAUCGUAACAACAAUGACUACAAUUUGAUGACUUUAUCGUUGAAAAAUAACAAUAGAAUUUUACAGAUAUGCAGAUAUAAGUUCGUGAAUAGAAAUAUUAAACAAAAAUGAAACUUUAAUAAAAAGUUGAAUAAAGCAAUAUUUUCAUAAUAUAGAU